AGAGAGGGAGACACAGAAACGGAAGCAGCUCCGGGCUCCGAGCUGCCAGCACAGAGCCCGACGUGGGGCUGGAACUUAACAAACCGUGGGAUCAUGACCUGAGCCGCAGUCGGACGCUCAACCACCCUGAGCCCCCAGGCGCCCCUGUGGGUGUCCAUUGCCGAGUGACUUUUCGGCGAGAACCUUCGGCGCAGGAGGUCAGCAGCGUCCGUUCCGGCCGCUCACCCUCCCGCGUUGACUCUGCGUCUGGCCCCGUUCUCCGCCCGCAGUGUGUCUGUCUCUCUUACCCACCCUGCACAACUUCCGGGUGGCUUCCUUUUUGAAAACAGAAUUGGAAGGGCGCCGGGGCGGCUCCGACGUUUAAGCGUCCCACUCUUGAUCUUGGCUCGGGUCAUGAUCUCCCGGUUCGUGGGUCCAAGCCCCAUGUCGGGCUCUGUGCUGACAGUGCGGAGCCUGCUUGGGAGUCUCUCUUUCCCCCUCUCUGCUCCUCCCCUACUUGUACGCACACGCGCACAUUUCUGUCUCUCUCAAAAUAAACUUCAAAAUAUUAAAACAAAACAAGAUUGGAGCUUCUGUCACCUCACAAGGCAGAGUGAAUCCUGGGGGAAGGGGGUUUGUGUGACGGAGGCAGUGGACAGCAUGACGUCCCCUGACCCACAAGUGCCACGGGGUGGGCCAGCCCUGCUGGCCACUGCCUGCCGUGCCGGUAGGGCCCCUUGGGAACCUCAGGAGAAGGGGAGCAAAACGCUGCAUAGCCGAGGCGUCAGGAAGCCGUGGCAGGUGCCGGCAAAGGAGCAAGUCCCCAGGAGGGACAGACCCCACGGUCAGGCUGCUCCUUCCUGGGUGUGUCACAGCCGUGAAAGGGGGACCUGGGGCUCGGGGUGCCUCCCUGCGCCUGCUGCCCCAGGAAGCUGGCAGGAUCCAGGUCCGAACCCACAGGUGCUCUUGGUGGUCAGAAUAACUGGGGGCAGGUGGCCAGAGAGGGGGAGUGUCCCUCAGAGCCACACUGGCCACGUGUCAGCCACGGAUGCACGGGAGCGCCACAGCACCUCAACCGUGCUGUUGACUCUCCGGGGAGAGGCUGUCUGGGCAGACAGUGCCAGGUGACGGGGGUUCAUCUUGCUGCCUUUUCUGUGGGAAGCCACACUCCAAACGACCAGUGAGGGGGAGAGUGUGCACAUGUGUGAGUGUGCAUGCUUGUGCGGUCUCGUAUGUGCGUCCGUGUGCACGAGUACGUGUGACGUGAGCAUAUGUGUGAGCACGCGUGUGCACAUGUUUAUUCUGAUGCACGAGUGUGCACGUGCACAUUGUGUUAGUGCACGUGUGAGCACGUGUGUGAGAGUGUGUGCGAGUCUAUGUCCGUACACGUGUGAGUGCAUGUGUUGGCGUGUGUGUCGGUGCCUGUGUGUGUGCACGUGAGUGCCAGCGCCUACCUGUCCCGCGCUCCACCUCACUCCUCCGCCAUCCCUGCCCCCGGCCCCAGUGCUGACCCUUUGGGGGUUGGGUGCUUAGGUGUGUGCGCAGCGGGAUUGCAGCCGGCCCGUAACGGAGCUUGUGAAUGACCUUCCUGUCAGGCACGUUGAGGAUCACACUCGGAGUGCUCUGUGCACCCUAAAAAUAGGGGCGAGUCUGUGUCGAGGGAAGGGGACGCUGGGCUGCAGCAGAGGGGACAAGAGUGGGUUGCAGAGUGGGGCCCACAGCACGCCUGUCCCGUUAGAAGUUCAGGGCAUGCAGUUGUGCAUGGGAAAAGUCCUGGUUGUCCCGGAUGCGGGUUACGGCUCUGGGUUGAGGUCUGUUUCUUAGUGUUGUAGCUUCUGGAGUUUUUCUCAUGGAGCGAAGGUGUCUCUUUCGGAGGCACAUUUCUCAUAGGUGUGAGUGGCUGAGGUCACCGUGGCUCCAGGUCAGCCGGGAGGCCCGACCGCCUGCAGACUCGGGGGACCCCUGGGGUAGUGUCUCCCCUGCCCCACUCCCCGGUGCCUCUUUCAGGGUCUGCCGAGUCGAGGGGUUGAGGUCACAGGCCCCAGAAAAAAGCCCAGCGAGGGGCCAGCAGCCUGCACACAGGCGUAUCUGGGGAAGGACGUUCUGCGCAGAAGGCCGAGACCUUGCUCGUCUUCGCACUUUUCAAGCGCCGUAAAGACUGCACUUUGCCGCAGCUUGAGCUCUGCCGGUGGGAGUGGUGGCCUCACAGCCGACACUCACAUGCCGCGUCAGACGUGGCCGCUCCAAAGUGAGUGCACUGUGGGAGGCCUACACUCUGGCGGGUGCCCUGCCCUGAACUUGAACUGUGUUCAGUUACUGGCAUCUCCCACCUUCCGCGGCCUCUGCCGUGCGGAUGACUGGGCUCUUGGGGGUCUGAGACCCUGGUCAGGCAGCCUGUCGUCUGCCUUGGGUCUCUGGUGGCAUGUUGGCCUGGCCCGGGGGAGCGCCGUGGACAGUGGUGGCCGGCAGGCCUGGGCACGGGAGUCCCUGGGAUGUGGUUCCAGGUGGAGGUUAGCACGCAGAGCUGUGUGGGCGCCAACCCGGGGCUGCCCGCGGGCGGGUGCUGGUGUGCAGGGCCCAGAGGGGGCAGCCGUGUUCCCCUCCCCCGCCUGGCCACCGGCCUCCAGCGCCCUCAUUCCCUGCGGCCCCUCAUCCUGGGCCCUGUCUCCUCUCGCCCGCCUGUGGUCAGACAAGGCUGCCAGGAUCAGCGUCCCUGUCAUCCCCAGGGACGCUUUGCUCCUGAAGAUCGCUCCGCACGGCGUGUUGGGCCAAAGGGGGUACGUGUUGAGGACGUGGAAGCCCAGGUAGUCAGGCUGGAUGUAGGACUGACCCAGACCAGAAGUUGGCCCCGCCCCGGCCACGGGGGCCUUCUGUGCAGGGUGUCCCCAGCUGGCUGUGGGGGCCCCGGGCCUUCUCUACAGGGUGUCUGUAGCUGGACCCGCCCUGCCCCCCGUUGGCUGUGGGGGCCCCAGGGUGGGGCCGGCCCUGGCUUUAUGAGGCGCCUUGGGCUCCAUCAUUGCCACGGCAACCGGGCCUUUGUUGUUUCUCAGACGUGGGCCGAGUGAGCCCUUGAUCCUCAUUCCUGCCUGGACUGUUGACCAGGAAGGAAGUGGAGCGGGUCCUGUCUCCCAGCGGGGAGUCAGGAGCCCGUGCGUUUGUUGGUAACUGUGUAUUUGUCCUGGUGACAACUGCUGGAAUCUUCUGAGAGCGAAAAACCGAACCGGCAGAUCCAAGGGGGUGUUCGAGCCGAGCACCUGCCCCGCCAGGGGGCCCGGGGCGAGGGCCCUGCACCACCUGCAGCUGCUCUCUCCAGACCCCCCGGCUCACCAGCGCCCACGUGACUGGCGGUGCCGGCCGCAGCCACUCCCGGUGACGGUAAGUGUGCACCUCCCGCCGCGGCUGCUUGGGCCGCGUGCGUGGUUGUGACCUCACACUCAGGCCGCUGUGGUCCUGCCCCGGGGACCGAGGCUGCGCUCGCCCCCCCGUGGAGUGUUGCUCUUGGUGCCGCUUUGAGGUCGGCUGCAGGGAAGCUUCCGGGGGGCCUCCGAGGAGUGCUGCUGCGGUGCCCCCACGCGUGCACUCUCAGUCCCGUGUUCCCGUGACACUUUGGCUGUCUCUGUUGGGGUUCAAAGUAGUCUCAGAGCUUGAAAACUCGCUCUGCUUCAAGUUUUAUCAAAUCCAAUGCCAGCUGCAACCUCAGGGUUUCCACGCGUCAGUGAUGCCAUUUCUGUCCUGGGAAGCCCCGUAGGACGCGGCCCGCCCUUGCCUUCCACGGGCUCCUGGGCCGACGUGCGCCCUCCUGUGCCUUCCCUGUGCCCUCGUGUCCUGUCCGCACCCCGUCGCUCCUUCGACAAGAUAAGUGCCGUCUCCACUGCCAUCCUCCACGGCACAUCCGGUUUCUCCCACGUCCCUGCUUCACCUCCCUGGGCCGAGGUCUGCGGUUAUGCCCUAGAGCCCACCGCCCCGUUAGUGGGGUUUGGUUUUCAGAAGCAUCCUUCCCAUUGGCCGGUACUUCCAUCCAAAUGUUGUUUUCACGCAGGAAUCGUGUCAUUCGUAACACGGUGCCUUUCUGCGCUCCAACCCCCGGGGUGCUGGCCUCGCCGUCCAUGUGGGAUGGUCUCUGUGGUCCCCCAGGGGUCUCAGUGAUCAGGUAAGCCCUGCCUGGCCCCACACCCCGAGAAGAGUGGCAGAAAUCCUCCCUAAUGAGGCAAAGUCCCCAGGACCCUCGGCUCUGCCAGAGGCGGCUGUGAUGUGGCUCACCUUCUCCAACAGCCGGACACCUGGCCAGAAGUGGCCACGGCUCCCUCCCAGCCCCUCAGCUCGACCUGGGUGUCCCCAGAGUGCCCAGAGACCCCAGAAGCCCCUUGGUCAGCAGGCCUUUGUUCUGCAGCAGGAACGCGGUCUCUUGUUCUGUCCUCAAGGGAAACUUGCAGAAGAUUCCCUGAGGAUUUCAGCACACAAAAGUGUCGCGUUGUCAUAGGCUCUGCUUUUCCUGCAAUCUUUUCCUCGGUUUCCCUGGGGGUGGGAGUGACCCUCCUCCCGUCUUGCAGAUGGAUCUGUGCAGCCGGAGCCAGAGAGGGGCCCUGCGGGAAGCCAGCAGGAAGCAGGCCUCGCCCCGCCGCUGGUCCAGAGUGAAUGGCUGGUCGUGGCCCCUGCACACCUUCCAGGCGGUGGCCUGGAUCACGCUGUUCAUCUUGGCCUUCGCCAACUUCGGUAUCUUCGUCCCUUUGCUGCCGCCUAACUGGAACUUGGUCAUCUAUGGUGUGACUGGUGGGCUUUUCUGUUUCCACUUCGUGGUCCACUUGCUUGCAAUUUCCAUCGAUCCUGCUGAAACCAACGUACGGCUCAAGAACUACUCGGAGCCCGUACCCACCUUCGACCCAUCCAAACACACGCAUGUCAUCGAGAACCAAUAUUGCCACCUGUGUGAGGUCACCGUGAACAAGAAGGCUAAACACUGUAGGGCCUGCAACAAGUGUGUAUCUGACUUUGACCACCACUGCAAAUGGCUUAACAACUGUGUAGGGGGCAGGAAUUAUAGAUACUUCUUCUGCUCCUUGGUCUCUGCCUCGGCCAGCCUGCUCUGCCUGAUCACCAUCCUGCUGUACGUCUUCAUCCAAUACUUUGUCAACCCGGAGGUGCUGCGCAGUCAUCCCCUCUAUGAAGACGUCUCCAAGGACACUUGGCUGCUGUUCCUUCCUUUGUUCCCUGUAAAGACGAAGACCCUGGUGGUCCUGGGCAUUGGGGUGUUCGUCCUGCUGCUGUCCGCCCUCAGCCUCCUGCUGCUUGGACACCUGCUCAUCUUCCACCUCUUCUUAAUGUUCAAGAAGUUGAGCACGUAUGAGUAUGUGACACAGAACCUCCAUCAGAAGACUCCAGAAGUUCCAGCAGGGAGGAAAGAGCUGUCCUUCAAAAUAAGCAUGCCACAGGAAAUAGCCAGCAGCCUGACUUCGUCUGCCCUCAGCGGACCCGGGAGCAAGGUGUUCCUGUCGCCAUCCAGUGAUCCAAUGACUUCACCCUACACCCCACCUUGGCCGCGGGCACAGAGGACCACCUGCGGUGAAGGUCUCAAAGGACCAACAGGAAAUGAGGUUGCCUGUGCAAGCAGACAGUGCCGAGGGCAAAGGCCCAGCUUCAGGAGCCAAGGAGCCCACACUGGCCAAAUGGGCAUCCACACACCCGUGUCCUUAGAGAUCCGGGCUCGGGAGGCGGCCCUGGAGAAACUCAGGCUCCCGCACCUACUGCCCUCCAGCAGCCAGAAUGUGCUGCGCCUGGAUGUCCCCUUGCGGAGGCAGCAGGUCCAGGGCACGGAGCCUGCCACUGUCACCACCGCCAGGAAGCCAGCGGAUGGGCAGGUGUGCAAUCUCCAGCACAUCCAGCUCCCAGGACAGACAGCAGAGGCGGCUUGGGGCCAGGCAUCGCCAUCCAGCCAGGAAGCAGAGGGCCCGCUCGAUGCUUAGGGAGAGACCAGGGUCAACCUGGAUAUCUCUGUCAGCACGACUUGUGUCCGCCCUGCCACGGAAGCCCCCGAGUCCAGGGCAGGCGCUCACCCCGACUCCCACGAUGCCUGCCUGGCCUGAGGCCGGCAGGGGCUCCCGCUGUGUUCGUGGUGCAGUGCAGCCCUCGCCUCUACGCAGGCACCGGUGGCAGCCGAUGGCCCGGCUUCCUCCAAGCGGAGUGCUGGGUCCGCAUCCGGAGUCCGGGAAAGAAGGGAGCCUGUGCACACCCUGACUUGCGCUAUUUCCCGAACACGUCCCCAUCGUGCUCCAAGAUUCAGGACAGACUUGGUGUGGUGUUUUCACUUGUGUUACUUAGGAAUGUUGACAACUGUUAUGAACCUAAGUAGCCUUUAGGGAAAUUCUUCAGAAUUUCUCAGUUAUACGAAAUAAUAAAAAAUAAUUUCAUUGGCAAUAAGCUUGAAAUCAGUCUUGGUAAACUUUAAAUUCUUGGGUUUCAAGUGGCCUUUUCG